ACCAAUACUUAAGAUAUAACACUAUUUUUUGAAAACAAAAUGGCGACCUGCAAAAUGAACUUUGAUUAUCAUCAAAAUGUUAAUAUACCACAGUUGCCACCCGAAAAGGAUUACCACGUUUUUGUCUGCUACGUUAGCGAAAACGUAAACGAAGUACACAGAAUUGUGGAAAAUUUGGAAAAAGGAGGUAUAAAAUGUUGCUACCAUGAAAGAGAUUUUACUCCGGGACAUGGGAUAUUUGAUAACAUGCGUGACAAAAUCAACGCAAGCGUGCAUAUGCUGGUAGUCUUGUCGGAAGACUUUUCAAAAAGUAGCUUUGCACAACAUGAAUUAAAAGAAGCAAUCCAUCGGCAAAUUAGAGAAGACUUCAGUAUUAUUCCACUGAAAAUCGAACCGUGUGAUGUACCGGACAUUCUCGAAAACAAAACAUACAUCGACUGCGAAAACGACGAUAUAACUGAAAUUCAUCGCACAAUUAUCAAGGCUGUUAUUGAAAGCGGACUUAAAACACAGAUGAAAGAAGAUGACAGCGGAAAGGUGAUUUCAAUUUCAUUGUCGCAGCAAUCUAGAUUCCCAUCACUGCCAAGGUAUAAACUGGAAUGCGAUCCUGCAAGACGACUAGAAAUCAUUAAGAAGACAAAGCUCACAGACGAAGAUAUUGAAUACAUCGAGAAAAUUGCAAACCAGUCAUUAUUUAUGAAAAACCUUCACAUCCACGACUUCUUUCCACGAAUAACGUGUUUGCUCCUCUUUAUUUUGCUGUUGUUUUGUCUGGGGGUUAUGAUGAUUAUGGUCUACACAGUUCUUGGUCGUUCAAGAGCGGACAGUGCUUCAGGAGGUUUUGCGAUUAUGCUUGUUAGCAUAAUAAUUGCUGCUUUCACGAUUAUAUUAUUCGUUGGAUGCUUGUGUUGGCAAGUUAUUAAUUUGCGACCAGAAUGCUUUAUGGUCAAGGCUUUUUGUGCAGUUCAACGGCAACUUUGGAGCUUUAACCGGCAUUGGCAAAAGAAAGAUGCUGUCGUUAUUUUUCAGACAGAACUUAUUUUACACGUUUACACAGCGCCAACAUUAGAAAUCAUCCUUAUCAAAUUCAGCAGAUGCAAGAAAGUGUGAACAACGCGAGGAGCUUCAAAACAGGCGUCUUUAUGAGGAACCACUUAACGACUACGCAGAUAGAAUGUUUAGUCGUUUUUUAUGCUCAGAAAAGAUCUGGUUGCUAAACACACCUCGAUCAGGUAAAAAUGGGCAUAGCAUGCUGAAUGGUGCACCGUGUAUUUGUUCCUUGUUGAGAGAGGACUUACUAAAGGACACUUAAUUAAACUUUGGCAAGCUGCUGUGCGUGUCCAUUUAUGUGAUUCCUGUUACGGGGAUACUUAUUUAAGGACUUCUACUAAACAUUGACAAUCUGCGGGGAGUGUCCUUAUAUUUUUUAUCAUUGCGAGAAGAAUUAUUCAAGGGCACUUAACAAAACUUGAUUACAAGAAUCUUUUCUCGAUAACCAGUUAUUAUGUAACGUAUUAAAUUGAAUUCGCAAACCAAAACUAGAUAACCUGUUGGUGUUGUACAGCAUGAAAAGGUAACAGGUGGCAGUUCUGGGCACUAUUAAACCUGUUUUUAGUCUUAUGAUAUUUAUCUUACCGAAAACGUUUAGCAAAUAUUAACUAGAUAGCUAAAUAGUUAUCGUUGAAAAUUAAGUAUUUAACACGAAACAAUUUGCGAACGUUAUAUGGUAAAUUUACGGCGGCAAUAUGCCGGCACACUUUCUGAAAUGCAUGAUUUACAUUGACCUUAUUAAAAUACAUACUCUAAUGAUAUAAACACUUAAACAAUGUAUUAUAAUUUUACUAUUAUUAUUUACUUAAGACAACCUUUUACCACACUUAUACAACACUUACACAACACUAUAUAACUGUUGAAUGAGUCUGUGUAGUAUGUAUGAAUAAAACUGCUAUGGCAAAUAAACCUCUUUGUCAAAUUUA